AUGAGACUCUCCCUGCAGUCUUUGCUGGUUCUGGCUGGAUCCGCGGUUUUGGCACAGGCGGCGGCUAUCGAUAUCCUUGGACAACUUAAUAAAGGGGCCGCGAGCCAGCAAGCUAGCGCCUCCUCGAACACACAGGUCAUUACGGUAACCCAAGGUCAAAAUACUGCGGCCGGAGACAUCAUCGGAGAGAUUCUGGGGCUCCUAGGCCAGGCCGCUGGACAGCUCACCGGUGCAACGCCUAACAACGCCAACAACGGCAAAGGAAACCGCGGACAGAACCAGGGCAAAAAGCCACAGAAUGGUGGCACUGCAGGAAAUGGAACUGCAGUAGACGGAGGGAAGAAGGGAGAUAAUGGGCAGGGUAACGGGGGCGCCAACAGCACUACACCGGCGGCCGGUCAAGGAAAUGGGGAGGGCGGUGCUGAGGGCACUAACCCUGCUCUUGGAGCCACCGCCCCAGGGACGCCCGCCAACAUGAGCGCACCAUCAGCCGCUGCCCCGACCGCUUCAUCGCCCACCGGACUUCUUCCUGGCGAUGGCCCACGAGGUGGAGUCGGUGUCUCUGUCGUCCCGAUCGCAGACUCGCAGCGCGAGACAUCCAAGUCGGGUAACGCCGCUGCUCCUGCCUCUACCCCUGCCCCGGUUGCCGCCAACCCAGGACUCCCUGCGCCAUCCGGAGCCGACAGCCAGCGGGCGCCCAGCAUUCCACCUCCGCCUGGGCAGGAUACGAUCCCAGCCCUGCCGGCCGCAUCCCCCACUCCAGCUGCCACGCCCGCUCCGGCCCCUCCUGCGCAACCCUCUCCGUCUUCUUCGCCAUCGUCACCGGCUGCUGCGUCUUCGCCCCCGCCGGCCGCCGCCGAGUCCAACACACCCGCUACACCGCCGUCCCAGGCCACUCCUACACCUGCGACGCCUUCUGCUCCGCCGGCCCAGGCCACUCCUGCGCCUGAGUCGCCCUCGCCUUCACCGCCCGCGGCCACUCCUGCGCCUGAGUCGCCCACGCCUUCACCGCCCGCGGCCACUCCUGCGUCUGAGGCUCCUGCAGCACCAUCAGCUGCCCCCGCGUUGUCAUCAAAACUCAACCUUGGUGCCGAGGUCCCCAAAUCGACGCCUUCUAUGCCCGGAGCCGCUGUCCCCACUGCUCUUCCCGUGGCCGCGGCCCCGGCAACAACCGCCGCACCUGAUGCGACAAAUAAUGCUGGAGUUGAUGCGCAACCCAACAUAGAUAUCAGCGGACUGACUCUCAAUUCAGUGCUAUCGCUGGGUGCAUUGGGACAGGCGAACUCGAAACCCAAGAUCUAA